UUUGAUAAUCCACAUUGGCGGGCACAAAAACUUGUGGGUGAAAUCUUGGAUCUAUUCUGGGUAGACAAAGAGGAAUUAUGCUUACUAGGCGCGUUGGAGAAAAACGUGGAACCUAUGUACUUGUCAGAAAAUGACUUACUGAACAAUGUUAAUGAUAAAAUAGGAUUCAAAAUUAUUCUUACAAAACAUGGUGAAAUUCGAUUGUCAUAUAAAAAAGAAAACUCAUUUUUAUAUUAUAUUGAAGGCGGACUUGAAAUACAAUUAAGCAAAUUAAGCAUAGCUAUAGACUUUACAGCAAUCAAAUUAUACAUUUUGGUAGAAAUUUCUAGAGCUAUUGAUAUUUAUAAAUAUAGUUUGCAAAAUGUUAAUUUAUCAGGCCCUACAAAUUUCUCCCCAAUCGACGAUUACGAUGUAAUUUCAGAUUUAACCAAUACAAUAGAAGCUAUUAUGAAUACUAUUUAUCCUCUUAGUUCCAUGUUUCUUGUUUUGUCUUGA